AUGGUGAACAAUCUGAAGAAGGUUGUUGAAGAGGUUGAAACAGAAGCUGUUAUUGAAGAAGUUGUGAAACAGCAAAUUGAAGAAGACGUGAAGACAGAAGAAAAGAAUGAGAAUGAGAAAGAUGGUGAUGAUGGUGAUGAAGUCAAUAUUGAAGAAAAGCAAGAUGAUGAUGAGAUGAAGCAGACAGAAGCUGCUGAAAACAUCGAAGUGCCAAUCACUGAGGUGUUUCACGAGGAAGAAUUUGAUUUGUUUUUAGGUUAUCCAGGAGAAAGUACAAAGAGUAUCAUUGAGAGGUAUAUUCAUCUUGUUCGCUUAAUGUCUGAGAAGGGUAUUCAGAAAAAACCAAAUGAAUGGGUUAAGAGAUUAGCCAAUUCCAUACCUCAACAAGAAUGGGGUACAUAUCUGUUGGAGUUAAAAAGAAAUGGAGAAUACUCUAGAUUGUCAAUUUGUCAAUUCAUUAAAAAGCUUGAAGAACAAAUGGAGAACAAUGAUGUGAAUAAGAAGAAUCAAGAAGAAAAAUCCGUUUCAUCCGAUGAAAGUUCAGAAGAAUCAAUUGUUGUUGAUCAAACAUCAACUGAUUCUGGUUCUUCAGAUGAAAGUUCCGAAAGAGCAUUCGUUUUUUAUCAAACAUCAUCUGACUCUAGUUCUUCAGAUGAUAGUUCUGACAAAUCAGUAGAGUUUGACCAAUCACCAACUGAUAAUAGUAGUGUUAAUGAGAAGAUUAUUGAAGCAGAAAAGGUGACUGAAGCUAAGAAAGUUGUGGAGGUUGAAAAAAGAGUUGAAGUCGAGAAGAUCAAUGGUGCCAUUUGA